GUUAACAGUGGGCAGAACCGUUGCGUUCCGUUGCGACUAGCCACUGCCGUUGCCGCCGCUGCCGCCGCCGCUGCUGUGUUGUAACGGAGGAAACCAUCAGGAGCAGCUAUCACGGGAAAGAGUUGAUCCUACGGUGGUCCUACUGUCUAGAAGAAAAAAGGGACCGUACCAGUUUCCAGUGAUCGGGCUGCAACAGUGCAGUGCAGUGAGUGUUGUGAGUGACAGAUACUAAAGUGUGUUUCCAGCAAAACAAUCGACUCGAGAAUCGAGCCCAUGGCAGUGGCCUGACUGACUGAAACCAGAGAAGGUUGUGAACCGGCUGGUAUCGUGCGUGUGUGUGUGCGCGCAGCUCUAAGCGCUUGAUGGUUGCGUUCCUUUCAUCUGUUUUGGAAUCUCGUGACGUGCGUGACGCUUGAAGCUUAUUUUCUCGGUCGGUCGUUUGGUCGAGGUAUCGAUGUUUUCCGUGACCGUUCCUGCUGGUGUUGCUGCUGCUGGUGCUGCUGCUGCUAGUGGAAGAUUGAUCGUCGCAGAAGCGAAGGAAGUUGGUGCCUAACUGUUGGGGCUAUGAUGACGGUGUGAACGGGGUAAUCGGUUGCGGUGAAGCAGCACACGCCCGUUGUGCCCGUCUGCAAGAAGCUGAAGGAGGUGCAGGAGCGAUCGAGGAGCGACGAAGACGACGACAGAAGAGAGGAAGACGAGAAAGAGGGGGACGAGGACGACAGCAGAGUCGCAAGAGUCGCGCCGGAGUGCGCACACGUUGAUAGCCAAAAUUUGCCAAAACAGCUAGUUGAAUGAGUAACAGUGCGAUGGUGGCCGUAGCGAUCUGCUGUAUACUGGUGCUGCUGGCCGUGUUUAUCGUGCUGAUCAUAGUGGUCGGUUCGACGAUGGGCGAACCGAAGUGAGAUAAGCUCCAACUGGGGCCCGGACACUACGCCGAUGGAUAGCCAAGGCCCCCCGGCUGUUAGAAUUUGGACGGAUUUUGUUCCACGGUCUGCGCCGUGAUGGCGUGAUGGCAGCGACACCGCCACACCGCCGUGGCGUGGCAGCCCUGGCUGGCGCCGCUCACCACCACCUCCACUACUACCACCAUCAUCACCAACACCCCCACCAUCACCACCAUCACCACCAGCAUCAUUAUCAGCGCCAUGACAUCGUUCGCCCUGGGCCAUCGGUGCCAACAUCCCUCACGUACGUCAUGAGGGAGAGAGAGGAGAGAAGGAGUGAGAAGGAUCAAGAGGAAGGAAGAGAAGAAGAAUGAGGAGAACCGCGGGAUGAGGGGAUGGCAAAGUGUGUUGGUCCCACCGGUUGCUAGGCACGCUAGAGAGGGGUAGUGAACACAAUAGAACCAUGGCGUACAUCGUAGUGGCCACAGAGUGUGUCUCCCGUCGCAACGCAACGGUAGAAGCGAUUGAUCGAUAGGCAAACAAAGGAGGAAGAAAAAGAGAAGCAAAACGGAAACGGAAAGAAGAAGCAGAACGAUCGUUGACAAAAAAGAAAGAUUGCCAGACACACAACAGCAUACACACACACACACACGAUCUCACAGACAGACAUAUACACAUAAACAACCAUCUCCAAAAACGAGUCAAACCUAAGCCACUCGGUAACACAGCAGAAUCACGAUACCAAAUCCCUCGAAGAUCCCUCGAUCUGCCACGAUCGUCGUUGUCGUCGUCGUCGUCAUCGAAGGGCCUCGUCAGGUUUUGCUUGUUUGCUCCGAAUGUUUGGAAUCUUCUGGAAAAGUUCUUCUGGAAAGCCCAUUUUUUCUGCAAACAAUCUUCUCCACGCACCACCACCACCACGGCCACAGUACUUCUCACCUAGAGCGCCACCCGUAGCGUCCUUCUUCUCCGUAGCAGCACUCCGCGCGUUCGCACCGUGCUCCCGCCGCGUACGUAACAACACCAUCUCACCACCAACGGGCACCAACACGAGCAUCGUUUAUCAUCAACAUCAUUGCUAUCAUCAGCAUCGUCACCGACCGAUCACCCAUCAGCACACCAGCCAGCAGAACACCUUUCACCAUGAGCAUGGAAUGAAAUCUUUUACCAACCAAUUCUACACAGCCGUCUGCAAGGGGGCAAACACGCUAGUCUAGUCAGGCAAUCCUGUCAACGCGCCAAAAACGGCUUCCGCAAACAUCGUGAAAGCGGAAAACUGCGGAAGCGAAAGUCCAGGCAGAAGGUGGGAGUCGUACGCCUGGAUACCUGGAUACUCUUAUCACUUGAGCAAUGCUAAACAUAUGCUAACGUAGUAGCGCACCGCUGUGUGGUAACGCGCUGAACUAACACACACACACACACACACACACACACGACACAAGCGAACGCGAACGCACGAUACUAAAACACUCUACUAGAAAUACCGUUUAACACACAACUUAUACCCUAAAUUCUAUGGGACAAGCCAGAAAGAAAGAAACCAACAGCAACUACUGACGAGGUCGAUGAGUAGAAGGAGAAGCAGAAGGAGGACAAGGACGAUGUGAACACAUACACAC